AUGCCACUCUCACUAGUUCAAGCCGCUUCAGUGUCCUACUUCAGAUCCCAAUCAACGAUUCCGCUUCAGUCUUCACUUCUUCAAAAGUCCAUCUUUCCAGGGUCCUCCAAGCUAACCCUCCACCGAAUCCUUCAUUCCACGAAGAGAGUCUCAAAUGGGUCUGCUCGUGCUUCUCUGCUCGAGAGCCCUGUCUUAUGGGCUGGUCGAAUUUGUGUCUUCUACGCGCUCGUGAAAUCUGGUUUUGCUGGAUCCAAGUCUAACCCCAUCGUUUCUGGUCUGGAAAGUGGUGGUGUUGAUGUUGAAGAUGAUGGUGCGGAUCUUGGUUUCUCAAAGUGGCUUCUGAACAUUAAGGGCAAAACAGGAAAGAAUGCAGCUGAUAAGAUGAAGCUAGUGAGCAAAUGGCACCCAACGACAAAAGGAACACUUAAAAGGAACUACAGGGUACCUUCCAAAAGCGAAGGAAACCGUCUUCUCAAAGCCAUUGCGUCUCUUCUCUCAGAUGAUGACCACUUCAGAGAUGCAACAUCUCACAAGGGUUGUCAAAUACGGAGGGAGAGUGCGCAUGGUCAAAGCGUGUGUUGCAACAACGUGAGAGCUCUGUUCGAUGAGCUGCCUACGCCACAUUUGGUGAUUGAGAUCACACCUUUUCCAGCCGGACCGCUUACAGAGAAUGAUUACCUCAAGGCCGAGAAGCUGGAAAAGGUCCUUAGGUCAGGUCCUAACAUUUGA